AUGAGGUAUUCGCAGGAUUUUCACCCAGAUUAUAUUGUGGUCGUGGGGAGUUCGGGGAUUGGGACGGCGUAUCAUGCUGUUCUUCGUGAUGGGUCGGCGUUGACGGUGAAGAGGCUUUAUGUUUGUCUGUUGUUGGAGAAACAGUUUAGGGCUGAGAUGGGGAGGAUAGGGCAGAUUAGGCAUCCAAAUUUGGUUCCUUUGCUUGGCUAUUGUGUUGUUGAAGAAGAGAAGCUUUUGAUUUACAAGCAUAUGGCGAAUGGAGCUCUUUCGUUGAUGAUUAGGGAUGGGGGUCAGGCUCAAGUUGUGCUUCUUAAUGAAGAGUAUGAGUCCAGAGUCAUAGAUUUUAGUCUGGCCAGGCUAAUGAGGCCUUGGACCUCCGAUGAGGGUUUGAACACCACUCCAUUCUUGAAUGGGGAUUUUAGGGAGUUUGAAUAUAUUGCACCAGAAUAUGCAACCAAUCUGGUGCCAAGCACAAAAGGAGAUGUUUAUGGAUUUAUGGUUGUUUUACUUGAGCUUACAACCGGAUAG